GAUAAAAAGGAUAUGGGUCAAUGACAUAACUCGAUCUGCAAGAUCGCCAACAGGAAGGAACCUGUUUUAAGCUACAUAUCCUGUUAGUUGCAAGGAUCAGAUUGUCAGAUGUAAAGUAUUGAAUGUUAUUUCGAGUGGGCUGAAAAUUUGAGAUAUUCAGAUUAAUUUCGAUAAGUUUUUCGGGACCGGGCUUCAAUAGAUAAAGCGAAUGACAGAACUUAUAGAUGAGACUCCAGGUCCAGGUUCAUAUUAUCUUCCACAUCCCGAUACAUAUAAAUUGAAAUCGCCAUCUUUCAGUAUGCGAGAAAGGAUUCCUUUCAACAAUACUAAUGACACUCCAGGUCCUGGUGCUUAUUCUCCCGAAAAGGUUUGGAUUAACAAGAAAAGUGCUCCUAGGUACACGUUCGGUAUUAGGCACAGUCCAUACGUCGUUUCUACUCAUCGUCUGGAAGCAACAUAUAUCAACAUUCAUUGCGUGCCUUAACUGGAUUUUGUAAAAAUGUAACAUUUGAAAUUUUGUAUUGAAUUUGAUAUUCGACUUAUUUAAAUGUUUUUAAAUUAUUUUAUCUGAUUAUAUAUAUUUGCCGGAAUAUGUUUUAUAAAAUGAUCGAUUUGAACAGCGCGACCGAGGUGGUUAAAGUUAAAGCGUCCUACUACCGUAGACUCUGAGAAGCCUAGAUCGAAUCCGGGAGUUACGAAAACUACAAGAAUUUUUACGGAAGAUAUUUUCCGGAUACGGUAAGCCCAGUUCCUCAUCAUCCGGCCAAACUCCCAUUGUAGAGCCUGUCUAACCCGUGAUGGCCACAGAAAGCCAAGAGGGCCUUCUAUGACCAUCACGGGUGAAAAGAGUGAAAAAAAAAAA